ACCAAAGGGUACUUGGACGAUUUCAGGACUUAGCCAAUCGGCCUCUCAACACAUCAGGGGAGAUGACUGACACGACCUUUGUCAGGGUUGCUAUGUCGAGUACUCGGAAGGAUCCUGGUGAAUUUUCCUUGGGAUCCGGAAAAUUCUGGGUACUUCUGGACCCCAUCUCGGAACUCUCCGAAACUCCCUAGGGCCUAGCAUAAGCCCUGCUUCAGAACCUUGGGGACUUGGGUUGGGAGCUGAUAGCUGAUAAACUGGUAGAGAGCCGAGAGCCGGAGCACGGCGAAUCCUCGGUUCAUACCUGUUGCCGUGUCACACGGUAUGAAACUUUCUUGAGUGCCGCGGGGUGAUUUGAUCCAACGAGCGGUUAUGGCUGCUUAGUCUGCCUCAGCUACUGGUACCCUAUGCGUCAUGGCUCUUUACCAGGUUCCCCUCCUUACCCAUGAUGCUCCACCAUCCCAGAAAAUCGUUUCUCUCAACCCCUCUCGAGUGCACAAGGCCUGCUCUCAACCGCUCCUCUUGCCAUGAAGCUGCUACGAUCGUCCCUCUGCAACCUAAACAAGAACCCGCUUCGCCACAGCAAAAUCCGUAUCCGGAUCGAAUUCCCUCUCAACCGCACAUCAUCUCCGCUCAACCCCCUUAUUGCCAUGACGCUGCGACCAUCGUCUCUUUGCCAGCCAAACAAAAAGUGGUUGCGUCUCCGCAACGACAUCCGCAUCUGAACCAGUCACCUGGCGUUCAACCCCACAAGCUCUCCGCUCAACCCCUCCUCCUUGCCAUGAUGUCGCCACGAUCGUCCCUCUGCAACCCAAACAUGAACCCGCGUCUCCGCAGCAACAUCCGCAUUCCCAUCCGGAUCGAAUUCCCUCGCAAUCACACAGCAUCUCCGCUCAACCCCCUUUUUGCCAUGACGCCACGACCUUCGUUACUCUGCUUCCCAAACAACAACAUCCGCAUCUGCAACCCAAACAACACCAUCCGCAUCCCCAUCUGGAUCAAGCACCCUUUCACCCACACCAGCUCUCAAGGCCAUUCCUCCCGCUCGACCGUCCCCUUUUAGAACCGCCCGAGUUCCCGCCAAACGAAUCAUCCCUAACCGACGACCAUCCUUUUCGUCCGAUUUCGCUGCAUUCAGUGGUUACCAGCUAUGUUUCGCUCGGGUGUCCGGUUCUGGACCGUUUUCUCAAAGGCGGCCUGCGAGCCUGCCAUGUGACUGAAAUAGUGGGAGAGGCAGCAACCGGCAAGACCCAGCUGUGCUUGCAGCUGGCGCUGACAGUUCAGGCAACCCUUCCAGCACCACUGCCAGGACCAGUGCAAGCACCCCAACGACAACUGCUCUCAUUCUCUGGUGCUGCAGACACGUCAAGACAGGCUGCAGACACAUCUCGUGGCUCGGCGUUGUACAUAUACACUGACGGUCGUUUCCCCACGAAACGCCUCUUCCAGCUCGCCAACAGCAGCCAGUUCAAAGACCUGCUAGGAUCAAAAUCCCCUGAUCCUGGUCCUGUUCCUCUCAGCAGCAAUGGCAUGCGGAGAAGCAGUGUCAGCAACGGUACUACUGGUGCACCUGGUGCUGACUGUAAACCGUCGAUUGAAGGCAGCUGGGGGGACGAUCCUAGCCAUCCGUGCGAUCAUGUGUUUAUCAAGGAGAUCUCGACCGUCCAAGAGCUCGCCCACUGCUUGGAAGGGGAGCUACAUUUGGAGCUCUCUAGGUCCAGAAUCCUCCCAUCCGCCUCCUCAUUAUCGACUCUAUAGCCUCGUUGUUUCGCUCGGAAUUCGACCACUCACGGGACGACAUGUGUCAGCGCACCGCCAUGCUGUUCCGCAUCGCAUCUGCUCUCAAGCAACUGGCAGACCGGUACAAAAUCGCAGUUGUGGUUACAAAUCAGGUUACCGCAUCCGUUGAACCUUCACAUUCCAGUGCCACACCAGCAGCAGCAGCAGCAGCCGAAGACGGUGAGUCAGAACCAGAUGCAUCAGGCACAGUAGCCAUGGCAUAUUCCGGGCCACACCCUGAUCUUCUCUCUGAUUCAGGCAACUCACAGAUCCUCUGGUCAUCAGGCCAACACGUCAUACCAGCCUUGGGCCUCGCCUGGUCUCACUGCGUCAACACGCGCCUCCUCCUCUCGAGACGAACUCCCGCCACAUUCCUGUCCUACUCACCGUACCAGACACCCAGGCUCGGACAGCAGGCUCAGGAGGGUUCUAGCCAGUGGGAGCUGGCACAAGCAGCUGGUGCAGCUGCAGCAGCUUGGGGGAGCACUGUGGAGCGGAAGCUUGUGGUGGUGUUUUCACCGUACCUGCCUCCAGGCUGGGUGGAUUUUUCCCUAGGAAUCCAUGGCAUUGUUGGGGCUGGCGCUAUGGCAUGGAGGGAAGGGGUGGAUGGUGGUAGUGGCGCCAUGGUUUCUGCAACAAGCUGUCGGAGCAACCUGGUGAUCAAGCCAGCUUUGUCGGGGAGAGGCAGAGAGGCUGGUUUUGGUAGGCAUGAUGUGGGGGGGACAUGGAUGUUGGCCAGGUGGAGAGUUCAUGUCGAGCUGUUGUCCCUGUAGGAUUCUGACUCUCGGCACGUUGAUCUGAUAAGAUUUUUUUUAACGUUUGUAUGGUUCAUUUGUAAAUGUACUUAACGUUUUGUUGUACUU